CAUUCGCAACUCAGUUUCUUACCUUAAUUGAAAAAUAGUUUAAAGGAUAUAAAUGGAAUAGCAGUAGUUCCGUAAAAAAGUUGGUUUUCUUCAGAUAUAAAUAUGCCUAGUGACGCGGAUCAGGUAACUGACGAUGAAAUAAGAGAUGGAGAAGCUCUGAAAAAGAAAUUACAGAAAAAACACUCAAAAACUGUGAAGAAGCUCGGUACGCUAAAAGACAGCCAGGAUUUUGGAGCCUCGACAGAGAUUCGGAUUAAGCGACCGAAGAAAACAAAGAAAGUGAAAGCAGAUGAUCUUGCGGAGGAAGGAGGAAAAGAUGACACUGAACAAGAAAAAAGUCAAACAGACGUUGCUGGCCAUGAAUUGGAAGCGGAAUCAGCUGGUGAUAAAGUGGACGGAGGAAGUGAUAUUGAAACUAAAACAACCUCCAAAACUUUGGAUGUGAUCGAUGCUACCGAAGAACAAGAUGAAGCCACAGAAGGGAAAAGUGAUUCAGGUCCGAGACAGUCGAAGCACAAAGCUGCUCUGCAAAAGAAACUGCAAUCUAAAUUAGAUAAGGUGAAAGAAACAAAAAGAAUGCAGGAAACAGAGGCGGCCGCUUCAACUACAAAUGUGUCUAAAAGGUUAAGGUCACUUCGAGGUCAGACAGUGGUGACCCGAUUUGAGACUGAAGAGGAAAUUGCAAGAGGAGAGCAACUAGAGAAGACUCUGACCUCAAGAAGGCGCUACAGGGAAGCGGUCACUGAAGCCAAGAAAAAGUUCGAAAUUCCAACAGAGCAGGAAUGUUACGAAUUCUUCACUAGAACAUGGGAAGAUCCGGUGGUAGACCAAGAGGAGGAGCAGGACGGGAAGGACCAGCAGACCACAGACACAGCAGGGGAAGGGGCUUCAGAAGGUGGAGUUAAGAAGACUAACACAGAUGCCGCUCUGUUCGAUGCGGAGGGAUAUGUAGUGAAGAGACCUCCAGAGUACAUUCCCAACAGGAAGAGACUUGAGGAUGAGGAGAAUCAAUAUUUUGUGCCCACCAUGCGCCCAGAGGGUAGAGUGGGCUUCAACAUGGAGGGAAGGGAGAGGAGGUUUCUGGAGGAGGAGGGGCUGUAUGUGGGGGAGAAGCCUCUGGUGUCCAUGAGGAAUGUCAACCGAAUGGAGCAGCGCAUCCUUAGAGAGGAACAAGCACCUGACCGUUGGUUUGGGGAGAACGGACACCUGGUGAUGUGCAGUGACCCACUGAAACUGUACCCCUCCAAGCCAAUCAUCUACGCACAGGAGGAACUGGAACCCCAACUGCAGACUCUCUAUGUCAAGGCAUCGACAGCAGAGAACGACUCUCGGUACAUCGAUGGAAGGGUCUCGGAGGCCUCGGUUGGCAAGUACCAAUUAGCGAUCGAGAUCCCAGAGAUGACUUUCUCGCACCAUCCACUUUACAACAGGGAGAACGUACUGGCAGCAAGACUCACUGAGUUAUAUGAUGAGUACUCGCUGAAAAUGGAUAAGAACUUGUCAGAACAUUACAGUGACAAGCUUGUGGCGCUGAGGGAGGCCAUUGCGAAGGUGCAGAACUCGCUAGCCGUAACUCACGAAGACCACAAUUUACGAUCUGAGAUACAAACGCAACAGCUGCAGACACGACUCAACGACUACAUGCGCGAACUGAAGAAAACGAGGGAUCUGAGAGACAAGGAGGAUAAACACGUGAAGGAGAAGAUGAAAUUGAUCACGAGGACGUGGAAACAGAUCAAAGCUGUGAGACAAAAGAGUGGAUACACGUCUACCAAUUUGAAACUACUUCUGCAAAAAAAAGAUACGGAUCGUGAGUUGGAUCUGCAGAGGUGGAAGCGAGACAUAGAGGAGGAGAUGGAGGAGGCGAGGAUGUUGUUCCAUACAGAGUACCAGGCAGCCAUGGCCAAGUACAGAGUGGAACACGAACAGUGGACCAAACACGAAGCCAAAAUGAAAAAGAUCAGAAUGCGGAAAAAGGCGCGCAAAAGUAACAAAAUUGAAGACGAAGAAGCAAUGCUCGGAGACCCUAGUCCAAGCACUGCAGAUGACGCUGAAGAUUCUCCCACAACUCCAGAACCCGCUGCACCGGCAUCAUUUGAUGAGGACCAGGAGCGCCAAGAGAUAACUGACAAGUACCUGAAGAUCAGAAGGAAACCGGGAGAGCCCAUUAUCACUCCCCUAAUGACUAAGGCAGCAACAAUCACGCCACUCACGCAAUGCCCUCCCGAGGAAAAAAGUAGAAGAAACGCCAUACGAAGCGCCAGGUAUUCAGUGCGGGUGUUGUACAAUGGGAAGGAGGUGUCCCACAGUGUGGCUAAAGCGAUGAGUGAUAACUUCUCAGUCCAGUUCAGCCAGAGUAUCAAUGUCGUCAUAGUUCAGUGGCCGGAGUCUGUUAUCAUACAGGUAGUUGAAAGUGGAUUAUCUAAGUCAGUAGUUGCGGAAGUUGACCUGGUGGUGCCUGAUGGAGCUGUGAACACAGCAAACGUGUCACUUGACUCUAAACACUUCAUCUCACAGCAGGUCGUCUCAACAAACAACUCUGGGGUGGGAAGCGGCAAAGAAGUGUUGUUGGCGGAUGAAGAGACAGUGAUGUUGAAGACGAAGGGAGUGAUCAUUUGUAGUCUUGCAUGGGCUCUGGGGGCAGAUGGGACUCCUCUGGUACCACCAACAACAUCACAGAGCACGGCAAAGAGACUACACGCAACAACAAUUGCACAAGAUGGAGGGAUGAUGCAGAUGCCAGCUGACCCUAUUUCGGCCAUUGGCUCCACUGGACAUCUGGACAUGCCUGCUCUGGUCGAGUGGGUGAGACAGAACAGACUGGACCCUAACGACCCCCAGUACUCCACCAUUCUUUACCACGUUAAGAUGUAUACAGAUGGAGCUGUGGGUGAGAGCGAGAGAGGCCCGGCCGAGUACUUCCGGCUGGAACAGCUGCAAGAGGAGUUCGACUUCUGCUCGGACGAGGAGCUGCACUCUAACAGGCGAUUCCGACUACUCGAAUACAGAUCACAGGAGGUCCCCGAGUUCAGACACUACAGGAUGGUACCGGCGUUCGAAAAAGAAAUCAGCGCCAACGUUUUUGAUGAGUACGAGAAUAAAAUGUCUGAAGAAGUGGACGACCGAAGUGGGAAGUCGAGAAUGGCGGGGACAUCAAAGGGAAUAGGUGUGGAGGAAGAUAUGGACGAGCAUAGAGUGCUUGUGAACAAGAUCAGAAAGAGAGUUUAUGAGAAUGUGCUGGUCAGGUUCAUCCAAGCCAGACACCAGUUCGCUAUUUCAGACAUAGUAGACGAACCAACCAUACCAAACACGGAGUUAUUGGGCGAAGCUGUGAAGAAGUUCUUUGAACCGAGACGACCUCUGCGUCCCCCGAGGAAAGAGAGGAAGGCAGUGACUGCGCCCAAUCUUAGUGGAGCGGAUGUGAGGAUCCUUGUGAAUGUCACUUCAGCCACUCACCUGCCAGUCAGGAAAGACACCAAGGCGAAUCACGAAGAGGGCUAUCUGAAUCGUUUGACUUGGAUCGAAAAAGCCAAGAUGGUUGAGACGUACCUGCGUCCAUUCGUCGAAGUCUCCUUCCGCGACCAGCGACUCUCCACUACAGCAGCCGCCUCCUACUCGCCCACUUGGAACGAGGAGAUCUCCAUUCCCUUCUCAGCUCCGAACAAUGACUACUCGCCCUCUAACUUGCAGACCAUUGACGAUAUUUUGUACUUCAAUGUGUUCGACGAGAUACAUGUUGAUUUAGUUCAGGAUGAGCGAGACAGGAUGACGACAGUGCACCAUCGGCUGGAGAGGAGGUGGCUGGGGUCCAUCAAAGUCCCUUUUGGUACUAUCUAUCUCAACAGCAAAAUAGAGGGCACUUUCAGACUCAACACGCCGCCGGUGUUGUUGGGCUACAAAGACAGUCGUGAGUUGGAAGUGAGAACGACGGGACUGCCAGAGGUUCUAUCGGAUGGAGAGGAGGAGAGUAGUCGUGGGAAACAGGGCUCCUUCAUCUCUCUUUUCGCCACAAUUGAGCCUCCUCUGGCACCGGCCGAACCAGUUAAGGAACAAUUCGAAUCAAGAGAAGAUCGGGAGUUGAUCCGCUACGCACAAGAAUGGCAGAGUGCUCUCUCGAAGGCGUUCCCCAAGAGGUCUUUUGUAUGUAUAGUUGUCGACAUUCAAGGGCAGUCGGUGUUUGCCUCCAGAUAUGUGAAUAAACUGGCUCCCCCUGAAGAUGUGGCAAAGCCAAUGGGCGAUUUGGACGAAACAGAGCGCGUGGCGCGGUUCGUGGCCAACAUCCCCUUCGUUUCGGACAACCUUGCCUUCCCAGGAGUGUGUGACAUCUGGAGUACUUGUGAUCAAUUUAUGGCGAUGAUGGCUGGCGAUGAGGAGGAGCACGCGGUGUUGUUGUGCAACUACUUCCUGCAUAUGGGACUACAAGCAUACCUUCUGAUGGGCAAUGCCAUUCCAGAGGGAGUCACUGCAUACGUCCUCUCAUUUCACGGUGAUCGUCCUAAGAUCUGGAACCCCUCGACAGGAAGUAGUUAUGCCACCUCUGACCCCUUCUGUCCUCUGCUUAGUGUUGGAACUCUCAUCAGCAAUUCAAAUGUGUAUGCGAAUGUGCAGGCGUUCGAUGAGCCCUACAGAGUGGACUUCAAUGUGGCUGAUGAGAAGAAGUGGCGGCCAUUCUUCGGGGCGAAAUUCAAACCUGAAAACCUCCCACUAGCAUCUGUACAGCCGGAGAAUUUGGUCUACGAAAUAACAGAAGAGGAAAAACGACUCGAGAUCCAAGACAGGAUUGAGAAGAAUGUGCGUGACAAACUGAUGGAGUGGAGGGCUAGAUUUGUGACUAGAUGGAACAGACACUGUCAAGUCAAGUUCAGAGAUCUGCUGCCCAAACUGGAGACCAGCAGGUCAUCCCAGAACAACCAGAAACACCAGGAGUACCUGAAGACUCUACUAGACCAACACCAGGUGAGUGGCUUCCCCCUGAACAUGCCGCUGACCACAAUGCAGGCCAUACUGGAUGAAGUGCACAGCACUGGGGUCCAUUUGGCACCCGGCAGUGACGUUGAGUUCGCACUGGCCGUCUAUCUCCACCCAUACCCCAACAACAUAUUCUCAGUGUGGGUCUACGUUGCUUGUCUCAAUAGAAAAUCAACAGGCACACAACAGUCAUGAAAUCAUCUGAAAGAAAAGGAAAUCACGUGGAAAUAAUUUCUUUCAUGUCACUAAAUAUAUAUCACAAUGAUCAAAACUCUCCUUCUGUUGUUAGAUCGGCAGCUUCAAUGCUUGAUUAUUUGAAUUGAAAACCUUAGAAUAAGAAAGUUUGAGCUUGAAAAAGAAUAUUGAAUGUAAAUUUGAAAUAUAAUUUGAGGCUCAAUCUCAUUUAUGUAAAAAUUUGUUUGUAAUAUAUAUUUCUGUAAAUAUCCUAUAGAUUUAAAAUUUGAAAAUU